AUGUUCUUCCAGCCGUCGGAUGAUAGACGACCCAGUGAUUAUCAACCGUUGGAUAGAGACCACAAGAAUCAGAUGCGACCAACAAGAAGUGGUUUUUAGUCUUUUUAUUCUCUCCGAGUCUCUCUCAAAAUUCCUCAACCUUCCAUCGCGCGAAUCUCUCUCAAAGGGCUUCGUCUUUCUCGCAGAUCGGAGUUUUUGUUUCCGUCGCCGGCUGGGUAAUCUAAGAUAAAAGGAAGAUGUCUGCAACUCAGGAAGAAGACAAGAAGCCCGGAGACCAAGGAGGAGCUCACAUCAAUCUCAAGGUCAAGGGCCAGGAUGGAAAUGAAGUCUUCUUUAGGAUCAAGAGGAGCACUCAGCUGAAGAAGCUGAUGAACGCUUACUGCGACCGUCAAUCUGUGGAUUUCAACUCAAUCGCUUUCUUGUUUGAUGGGCGUCGUCUCCGCGCUGAACAGACUCCAGAUGAGCUUGAGAUGGAAGAUGGAGAUGAGAUCGAUGCAAUGCUCCAUCAGACCGGUGGUGUUACAAAUGGCCUGUGUCUGUUCUGCUUUUAGUGGUCUUUUAUGGUUUCGAUAAGACGGUGUGAUACUUAACAGAGUUCUCGAUAAAGACGGUGUGUUAUUAUUGGAUCCUAUAAUAUUAAUGGGCUUUUUGUUAAUGGGAUUUUCACAACUGAUUAAAGAA